AUGGAUUCCAAAAGAAGCUUCAAGAAGAUUGAUAUAGAGCCUUUCUUCAUUGGUGCUGGAAAUGCUACGUUUUCUGCUGAUGGAUCUAUUAUGGCCACGGCUGUUCUAGAAGAUACUAUAAUUAUGAAUAGGCAAACUAAUCAAAUUUUACACAGCAUACAAGGAGAUUCCACAGAAGUGACAGUUCUUCAACUUUCACCAAAUGCAAGAUUCUUGGCCAUAGUAUCACAAUCGCAACAGCUUCGAAUUUUCAGCUUGGAGACUGGUAGUAUAAUCAAGGCGGUGAGGCUUUCUUCAGCUUCUUACAUUGCAGCAGCGGAUACAACCUCAAGUCUCUUUGCCUUUGGUUUAACGGACGGUAGUGUUAUUGUUUGGGAUAUAGAGGGGUCAUUUAUUACCCAUAAUCUAAAGGGACACGGUGGCACAAUUUCGUCGCUUUCAUUCUUUGGAGAACUCAAUAGUAAGAGAUGGAAGUUGGCUAGUGGAGAUAUUAUGGGUAUGGUGAAGAUUUGGGAUUUGGUCAAAAGAAAAUGCAUUUUAACGAAAAAAGAGCAUACUGCGGCUGUGAGAGGACUUAAUUUCAAUGCAGAUGGAAGCAGGUUCGUCAGUUCAGCUAGAGAUAGCUUGGCUAUGGUGUAUAAUACGAACGGUUGGAAAGAGAUUACGGCUGUUCCCGUUGAGAUGUCUGUUGAAGCUGCCGGAUUUGUUGUCAUUAACAACCGGGAAUAUCUUUAUACCGCUGGAGAAGGAUGUAUGAUGAAGGUGUGGGACUUGGAAGAGGAGAUGUUGGCUUUUGAAACUAUCAAACCCUUGAAGACUACCGAGGAGCUCUUGAUGGCACAAAUAGUACAGCUAUCGGAAGAUUCCUCCAAAGUUAUAGCUGUUCUAUCUGAUCAGACUAUUGAGGAUUUGGAUUUGAGUUCCCUUGAUGUGACAAAUAGAAUCAUAUCUGUGUCACGUAGAAUGGCAGGAAACCAUGGUACCAUUGCAGACAUGAGAUAUGUGGGUCCUAACUUUGAUCAUAUGGCACUUGCAACUAAUUCUCCAUCUUUGAGAAUGGUAGACUUUGAGAACAAGCCUUUUGAUAUGGAUUUAUAUGCUGGUCACACGGAUUUACUUAAUAUGUUGGAUGUUACUAUCGAUGGACGAUGGUUGGCCACUGCAUCAAAGGAUAAUACGGCGAGAUUAUGGAAAUACAAUGACGAGUCAGAUAAAUUUGACUGUUAUGCCGUGUUUGAAGGCCACGCUGCCUCAGUGACGGCUGUUGGAUUACCGAGAACACUUAUAGAUAGAUUUCCACGGUUCAUUAUUACCGCCUCAGAGGACUUGACAAUCAAAAAGUGGGUCGUUCCUAAGCCGGAUGGUAAUAAAUCUGUUAAGGUUGUGAAGGUUUCUGAUUACACAAGAAGAGCUCAUGACAAGGUGAUCCACGCUAUUGAUAUCAGCCCUAACAACGACUUUUUGGCUACAGCUAGUCACGAUAAAACGGCAAAGAUAUGGGAUCUACAGACAGGUGAAACUGUGGGUGUUCUUCGGGGUCAUAAAAGACCUGUUUAUGAUAUUCGAUUCUGCAAUUACGAUCGAUUGGUGGUGACAUGCUCUGGAGAUCAGACGGCCAAGGUAUGGUCGCUAGAAAAUUUCACUUGUCAAAGGACAUUUGAAGGACACGCCAACGCAGUUCAAAGGGUUUCGUUCAUUUCAAAAAAUCAGCUGAUAAUAGGAGCUGGUGCAGAUGGUCUUAUCAAGAUUUGGGAGGUUUCUUCAGGCGAAUGCAUUCAAACUUUAGAUAAUCACGAUAACCGUAUUUGGGCAUUAUGCGUCAAAGAUGACGGCGCAGAGUUUGUCAGUGCCGAUGCAGAUGGUGCAAUUACCGUGUGGAAGGAUAAUACAGAGGAGGCUCAGAUUGAAGCCGAUUCGGACAAGAAGUUGAGGAUAGAGAAGGAACAGGCAUUACAGAACUACAUUAGUGAGGGCUCGUGGGUAGAAGCCUUUGAGUUGGCCUUAAAGUUGGACCAUCCAAUGAGACUUUACAACGUGGUGAAGUCGAGUAUUGCAGCCAACCAGGACUCCAAAUCCGUAAUUGGUUCGUUUGCAUUGGAAGAAGUUAUUGCAAAAUUGGAUGAAGACAAGAUUAAGCUUAUUUUCAAAAGGAUUAGAGACUGGAAUACAAACUCUCGUCUUUUCAACGUUGCUCAGAAACUUAUUCGGGUGAUCUUGACCAAGUUUGAAAUCGAAAAAUUAUCUCAAAUCCCUGGCAUAAUGAACUACAUUGACGCCAUAGUUCCUUAUUCAGAGAGACAUUACUCUAGAUACGACAAAUUAGUAGAGGACAGCUAUGUUCUUGAUUACGUUGCCAAGAAGAUGGAUGAAUUGGUCGGGCAAUAG